CUUAUACCUCCGCCCUUGGGCCGUGGCGGGAUACUUAAGGUCUGGACGGUUAUGGUCAGGUAUGGGUUUACUACUCAGGAUAAGUUCUCACCGUCAAAAAGCUAUAGUCGAGUAUCAUGUAUGAAAAAGUCACCCAUGAAGGGAAGGUGUCGAAGUUUGUCUGCUCUUGCUCCCACAAAAUUUACUGACGCUGGUCAUUUUAUCCCUCUAACAGCAUGCUGUGUACAAGUAGAACCUUUGAGUUCACUUCCAGUUGAGUACGCUUCAGUAGUGACUAAGCCAUGCUCAAUAGUCUGCGAGGUAGCGUCUAUUCUGAAUGAAGAAGAGGAUUUUCAAAUACAAAUAAACAGAGACGACCCUGUAAACAUAGAAUGUCACAUAUCUCUCCCUGUUCUACCAUUGUCUCUUCAGGACUAUGCAUCUCCUGAACCCAGCCUUGUACCUGACAGUAUUCCUAUGUUCACUAAUAUCACCGGGGGUCGGACUAUUUGGUGAAUUCCAUUCAAGUCGUAAAUGGAACAUUAUAAACUAAGCUCUUGUUCGUUUGCUUGGAAUAGACAAAAUGAUCUCUACUGACUAUGUUUUUUCUUUGUGGUUUCACUGAUGAUAUUUCGUGACUUUUCUGGUCGCAGGUAAAAGUCAAGAUGAUUGAUAUUGAAAAGGUCAGUUAGUUUGUAAUCAACCUUAUUAAAAUCCAACAUUCCCCACAGUAAUUUUGAAUCAAUUUCGUCAACAUUUAUGUAUACAUUAAUACAAUCUAUAAAAUAUAAAGCAUCUUGUAGUA